CUCUCCCUGGCUUCUUCUUCUUCCACUUUCUCUCCACAAGCUUCCACUGAGAGACAGAGAGGCCAUGGCAGGUGGUGGAGCUCCAGCAGCGAAAGCAGACGAACCACAACCACAUCCUCCCAAAGAUCAACUCCCCAACAUCUCUUACUGCAUCACUAGUCCUCCUCCUUGGCCUGAAGCUAUUCUUCUUGGCUUCCAACACUACCUUGUCAUGCUUGGGACUACAGUUCUCAUUCCUACUGCUCUUGUUCCCCAGAUGAGUGGUGGUUAUGAAGAGAAGGCAAAGAUGAUUCAGACCAUUCUCUUUGUCGCCGGCAUCAACACGCUGCUCCAGACAACUUUUGGGACAAGAUUGCCUGCUGUUAUUGGAGCUUCUUACACUUUUGUGCCGACCACCAUAUCCAUCAUCCUCUCCGGCAGAUUCAGUGAUACUUCAAACCCUGUAGAUCGGUUUGAGAGUAUUAUGAGAGCAACACAAGGCGCAUUGAUUGUUGCUUCAACCCUGCAGAUGAUUCUUGGUUUCAGUGGUCUUUGGCGCAAUGUUGUUUGGUUCUUAAGUCCUAUCUCAGCUGUUCCACUGGUGGGUCUUGUUGGAUUUGGUCUAUAUGAGUUUGGUUUCCCAGGGGUUGCUAAGUGCAUAGAGAUUGGUCUGCCUGAGCUUCUUAUUCUAGUCUUUGUUUCACAGUAUCUGCCUCAUGUGAUCAAAUCAGGGAAGAAUGUGUUUGACCGGUUUGCUGUGAUAUUUGCGGUUGUGAUUGUGUGGAUCUAUGCUCACCUUCUUACGGUUGGUGGAGCCUACAAUGGUGCUGCACCAACUACGCAAACAAGUUGCAGGACUGACCGUGCUGGCAUCAUAGGUGCUGCCCCAUGGAUAAGAGUUCCAUGGCCAUUCCAAUGGGGUGCUCCUUCGUUUGAUGCUGGAGAAGCUUUUGCAAUGAUGAUGGCUUCUUUUGUUGCUCUUGUUGAGUCAACCGGUGGGUUUAUAGCUGUCUCAAGAUAUGCAAGUGCAACAAUGAUGCCACCUUCUAUACUCAGCCGUGGUGUUGGCUGGCAGGGAGUUGCUAUUCUUAUAUCAGGGCUGUUUGGUACUGGUGCUGGCUCCUCUGUCUCUAUAGAAAAUGCUGGACUAUUGGCCCUGACAAGAGUUGGUAGUAGAAGGGUUGUCCAGAUAGCUGCAGGCUUCAUGAUCUUCUUCUCCAUUCUCGGAAAAUUUGGAGCUGUGUUUGCGUCAGUCCCUGCACCAAUCAUUGCUGCUUUAUACUGUCUCUUCUUUGCCUACGUAGGAGCUGGAGGUUUGAGUUUUCUUCAGUUCUGCAACUUAAACAGCUUCAGGACCAAGUUCAUCUUAGGCUUCUCUGUGUUUCUCGGUUUGUCCAUCCCUCAGUACUUCAAUGAGUACACUGCUAUCAAAGGCUAUGGUCCUGUCCACACAGGCGCUCGCUGGUUCAAUGAUAUGGUGAAUGUGCCGUUCUCUUCAGAGCCUUUUGUUGCUGGGGCUGUAGCCUUCUUCUUGGACAACACGUUGCACAAGAAAGAUUCAUCGAUAAGGAAAGACAGAGGGAAGCAUUGGUGGGACAAGUUUAGAUCUUUCAGAGGUGAUACAAGGAGUGAAGAGUUCUACUCUCUUCCUUUCAAUCUCAACAAGUAUUUUCCUUCUGUGUAAAAAGGGAAGAGAAAAGAUAGUGAAAAACUCAAGACAUCUCUUACAUUCUAUUGUCUUAAAAGUAUUGUUGUUUACUCUCUUUCUCUCUAUGUCUAAUACUCUCUGUCUUUGUAAAUCCAAUGGUACACAACUUUGUGAUUUUGAUUAGUUUCUAAAUAAGUCUUUAGUUUGAUCUGCA